AUAUAGUGUAGACAUAAUUUAGAGGAUAUCUCGUGAUAUUAUGGGUCACAUAUUGUUAAGUCUGUUGAAAGCAGGAGGGGGGGAAAAGGAAUUGAAGAGGUGGCUGAUUUUGUACCUCUGCAUGCGAAGUUGCAAGCUGUGAACUAACAUUAAUACUCCAACUCACUACCAAUUUCUACACACAGUUGCCAAACUGUCAACCAAGAUGAAGGGAUCAACAUAUUUAACAUAUAGAGUAACCGCUCUAUUGUUUUGUAGAAUUGUGCAUAGACCAUAAAUAGAUGGAGCAUUAUUUCGUUGUUGUUGUAACUUUUUAGAAGAAGGCCUUAUAUUUGUAAUGUUCACUAAUGGUGAUGCAGAAUGAUGGACCAUUUGUGAGGUCCUAACACUGGUUAUAGGAACUGGAAGAGACCUUUUUCACAUAGAGUUAGCAACUGCACAUUUAAUUCUGAACGAAAUGACCAUACUGAUCGUAAUAUGGUUAUAUGGUUAUAUGGUUUAGAGGAUAUACAACCUGACAAUAUAUCUGACACACAGCUUUCUUUCUAAUGUGCUCCUUGAGCUUGUGUGCCUUAUAUAAUAAUAAACCCAUGCACAGGUAUAUAAAUAAUUAGAUAAGUGAACUAAUUAAGCCUUUUAUGUAUUUAGUUGGCAUGUUACACAUUACAUCAUAAAACCUUCCCAUCAGAUUCCACAAGUGUUUUUGGUGAAAAACCUGUUGUAGGAUGAGAAGAAUUCGGCUAUGAUGAUAUAACAUGUAGACGUCGACAUGGAACAGUAUUUCUGCAUUUCAGGUUAAAACGGCUCGUAAUAACUUUAAGGACAACGGAUGGUCGUAGUUUUUGCGGACGAACAAGUGGACAAAAGUUGUUUUCUUUAGAGAUGUGCGUCAGUCUAUAAAAUAAUACAGACAAUAGCCUAUACAUUCAACAUGUUUAUCCCCUCAUGGUGGUUGCUGGUUUGUCGGCUGUGUGUGUAGAAAUCUAUGGCACAGUGAGUUGGAGUGUUUGUUAGUUCACAGUGCAGAGAUAAAUACACAAUCAACCAGCACCUCUUCGGCUCCGUUUUUUUUUCUUUCCCGCCCGCGUUCAACAGACUUCACAAAACGUGACCCGUAAUUUCGUGAGAUAUCCUUUAUAUGAUGUGUAGAGUAUAUUCUUAUAUCAUCUGCACGGUUUGUCUGAAGCGUAGCGUAUUCGUAAUUAGGCGGCAUAUUUCCACUUUGUUACUUGGGGAAGCCUUUUUUUUUUUUUUUUUUUUUUUAGCCUUUUUUUUUCUUCAGUUUAGCGCACCGUUGCGAUCCCCUUUCCCCUUGAGCGGCUGGACUCGAGCGUUGCAUGCCGGUACCUGCAGUCCCUGCUCCUCCCUUCACGGAGCCGGCAGCGCCUGGGUGUGGGGUUUUGAGUACUACAACUCCCAUACUAGCGGUCCUUCCAUCUCCCCCUCUCUCUCCCACCAGACCAGAGCCUGUGAGCUACAGCACGGCUUGUCUUGACGAAACCCCCUCCCACCACCACCACCACCACGGACUUUCGGAACCGAAAAUCGUCGAGCUUAGUGAAUUGUUACCAACGGGAUUAAAAUCCUUUCCUCUCGAUGCACCCAUAGCUCCUUUACUGUGGCUCCAACGGAAGAAAUUCUUGUAAACGCACAUCUGUGGACACACUCAAAGGAAUGCUGUGUUGAAAAAAAAUACGCCUAUGCAGGUGGAUCCCUCACCAAUGAAUGUAGGGGAUGGAGGCACAGUGAGCAAAGAGAGCAGUGCCCUUACACAGCUGUCAGAGAGCAUGGUGGGGAAUCCACAGCAGACACUGCCUCCUGAACUCAGAGGAGACGUGCCUCACGGACAGCAGAACAAGCUGAGGACAUCUACAGACUGCAAAAUGCCUGGCGUCUGCUCAGAUGCCAGCAAGGCUAGCAAGACCAGCAAUUCAAACCAUUGUCCAGAAGUCCCUCCUUCCCAUCUCCGCAACAAUGCGGUGUUCAGCACUGAUUCUUUUAGCACGCCAUUAACCGAUAGGACAGAAGUUCCCAAAGCCCAGGCUGAAGGUGCUGCUGCCUACCCGACUCAGCACUGGCCUUGCGGUAAAAAGGUUGACUCGGACGACUUGAUGAGCUUGGUACACAAUAGUGUGACCCAAAAUAAGAAAGCUCCUCAUAGUACUGGGCCUACCCAACCUGUUAUCAGCCUUUCCCCAGGAUUUCAAUGCUCAAACCUCUUUAAACCAGGCCAAACUGUUGCUUACCUUCCAUCUGCAAACUUUGCUUCUUCUCUUUGUAAGAUCACCUUGCCUCCAGGAUUGGGCCAGAUUGCCGCUCUGAGAGAAGCCACGGCUAGUCAGUUUCAAAAGGACUGUCCAGUGCCUUGUUCUGGCUCGAGCACGACUACAAGGGUCAAAACAUAUCCUUAUCAGUUUUCUGUGGGUCAAGGCGUUGCUGAGAAGAAACCACUGUCAUCCGCAUCUAAAGGCCGAUGUGAACAUGUUCCUAAUGCAAAGGGCCGCAAAGGGGUAGGAGAGCACAAAUCAACAAUUUCCUCUGCUGUUAGCCCAGCUAUUGCUCUCCCAGCGCAACAGGCCACACAAGCCUCAGCCUCACUGACUCAUUAUACUAUCUCUCCCACUGCUGCCAUCUGCUGUAGCUCAGCACUGGCCAACAUUACCACACAGAGCAGGCUUCUAAGCCUCGUAGAGAAAUGUCCUCCAUACAGAGGAAUCGAAAAGACUUCUGUGGCAUAUUUGAAGCCGAAGACUGUAUCAUCUACUGAGGAACACAAUGCUCUGUGUCCUCCAGAGGCCAGAGAUGUACCUCUUGAUUUAUCUUCAAAAUCCAAGCGGCAAAAAAGCAUUAAGGAUGCUCAAAAUAGCCCGACUGCCACAAAUGAGCAAAGCUUAUUUGAGCCUCAUCAAAAGAAUUCCCAUACCCCCAAAAGGCCUCAGACUUCCACUUUUGGUUCUGCCUCUACUUACCCCAUUCUACCAGACACCCAACGAAAUGGCUCGGCCCAGAGAUCCACCUCAAAACUCAGCAAUCACAAUUUGGAACCCAGUGCAUCAUGGGGCAAAGGCUCAUCUCAAGGUUCCUUAAACAACCUCCCAGGAACAUAUGUAGGUGUAGCAAGCCCCAUACUAGCCUCUACCUUGCGCAGCAAGGAUGGGAAAAGUGCUGCUUUUGUUGAAGAUGUUCAGAUAUUUGCUAAGCAAGAGACUAUUUCGAUUAUUGAUCAAGGCGAACAGUUAGCCUCCAGAGGGAAGAAGACACCUUUCACAAUAAAAGGUGAUAGGCAACAUAAAGGUGGUAAGCAAUCUGGUAGUACUUCUGCUAGUACUACCUCCCCUGGAAUGCAAGAGCUUUCGUCCAAGCCACUAUUUACUUCUCCAACCUCACAAUCCUCUAGGACUUCAGGUGGAAAAGCAGGGAUUCCAUAUACAUCUCCAGGUAAACCCUUGUGGCACCAACCACAUUUUCAGGGGAUGUCUUUACAGAAGCGACCAGCUCAGAGCCAAGCCCCAUCUAAGGUCAAAGGCAACCUGAGUUGCGAUGGCCCCUUGUUUCCAAAAUGUGAACUAAGCCCCACUAAUGUAAAGGAAGAAAAAUGGGAGAAAACCCAUUCACCUCUAUCCAACCUGGAGUCAAUAGUGAAGCAGAAAGCUCUUGAGACCACUGCACUGACUGGUGAAACCUAUUGUAAUCUGUCAACUGUGGGAUCCAGGAAGUCUGAGGUGGUCAACUUACUCAGCAGGUCUCAGAACCCUCCAGUGCAACAACCUGUGGCCACUGGCUUUACACCCUGCGGAACUUCAGAGCUGCAGGACGGUAGCAAGACAGGUAGCAAUUCACCUUUUACAGAUGCAACAGCAGACAAUAGGCAGGAGGUGACAACUGUUUUUGUGCCCAAAGAGAAGUGCCAUGACAAACAGGCAAAGCAAUUAGAAAAUUUCACAGGCCAAAAAUCAGAGCUUAGCACACCUAAGAAAAGAUGUGCAUCCAAUAUUAAAGCUGGCAAGAAGGACAGCAAGCUGGCUCCAGAUCCAGAGGAGAAAGCCAGAGAAGACCCUGUAGUGCAAAGAGAACUCACACCUAAUUCGGAGGUUGAGAGUAUAUCCAUCCCUCAGCACCAUACUACAACAGAGGCAGAAGGAGAGAAAAAAAUGAAUGGUGGUAAAAAAGAUAGUGUUUCCAAAGGAAAAAUACCUGUCACCAAACAGAAGAAACCAAGGAAGAAGGAGAAGACCUCUCCUGAAACGUUAAAAAAGACUGCACCACUGAAGAAAAAAGCUCGGAUGAAGGAAAGUGCUACAGUAGUUCAAGUCCAUACCUCUAAAAAAAAGAAGGGUACCUCAUCUACUGCAGAAAAGAGCCCACUGAAGGAGAGCCUACUGAAGGAGAGCACAUGUCCAAUCCCUGAAGGUGGGACUAAGAUUCACAAAAGAAAAAGUGCUCUGGUUAAAACUGAACAACCAACCUGCAGCAAACCCGAUUUUGAAAACAGCCCAGUGAGAAGUGUGCAGGUGGACCCUGCUUCCCUCACCAAGACUGAUCAGCCCAGUAAAGAAUCUAACUUGAAGCAAGUGUCCUCUCCAAGGCCAAAACGAGGGCGUCGGCGCACCGACGAUGCUUUGCUCCGAGACUGGAGCUUCGCUUCUCCUCCUACUCCUCCUCCUCCUCCUCCUCCUCCUCCAGAAUCCCCAUCUUCCCCACUUUUGCCUGUUUUCCCGCUGAGGCGACCUCGGGGAAGGCCUCGUCUCAAUCCUCUGCCUGAAGGUGGGGACCCAGACAACAUUAGACUUGCUCAGCUGGCAGAGGGAGGAGACCUGGCCUCUGCAAAAAAGAGAAAGCGAUGCAGGAACCGCAAGUACCAGAAUGGGGAGUACAUUACAGAUAAGGAAAAGGAAGCCAACGGGGAGAAUGAGGAGAGUUUUGUCGAUGGAGAGAAUGAAGAAACGGUCCCUGUUUUUACAGAUGUGGACCCUCCUCUUAGUGCCACUUUGCCAUCUGAAGAUUCAAAUCCUGACCUCAGCCCCAGGAAGUCCCUGAACACCCGCUCAGGGACCAUCCGACUUCAUGAGAGUCCAUCCACCCAGGAAUUUAACGACAAACCUCCAGGAAAAAGAAAGUUCAAAAGCAAGCACUUGUGUGAUACUGAGGAACAGAAAAAGCUCAAGAUCAAACGAGGUCUUACGGGGAAGCGCUCCUCAUCCUUCUCCGCAGAUGAGGAAAGCCCUAAGGCCAAAAAACCUUCCACUCCUUUCUCUGCCUCAAAGGAAUCAUCAUCUUCUGUUCCUAAGAAGAAAGGGCCUGGAAAAGGCGGGAUCCCCGAAUCUACACCAAGCCGUCCUGUACCUCCAGAGGUUCGCCGAUUGAUUGUGAACAAAAAUGCAGGGGAGACUUUGUUACAAAGAGCUGCUAGGCUGGGAUACCAGGACGUGGUGCUGUAUUGCUUGGAGAAGGAUGUGAGAGAGGUGAACCGCAGGGACAAUGCUGGCUACACAGCACUGCAUGAGGCCUGUGCUCGUGGUUGGACGCACAUUGUGCAGGUGCUGCUGAAACAUGGCGCCGAUGUCAAUUGUAGUGCACAAGAUGGGACACGCCCCAUUCAUGAUGCAGUCGCGGCUGAUAGCCUAGCGGCAGUGUGGAUGCUGUUAAACCAUGGUGCAGAUCCGACACUGGCCACCUACUCUGGCCAAACAGCUGUUAAAUUGGCCCAAAGUCCCAGCAUGAAAACCUUCCUCAAAGAGUACUUCACUGACCUAGAAGGACGCCCUGACCAGGAUCCAAGUCUGCAGUGGGAUUUUUACAGCAGCUCUGUGUUUGAGACCGAUCAGGAGGCCUGCUGGGACUUCCUGCUGUCUCAACCUGAAGAGGAAGACAAGGAAGAAUUGAGAGAGCAGGGAAAGGAAAAGGACAUGGACUGCCUUUUGUUUGAGUUCUCCUCUGAACCUUUAUUACCCUGCUACCAUGUUCAAGUAUCUCUAACACAGGGGUUUUGCAACUGGUUUCUGCUGUUGGAUGUGUUGAAGCGCCUGAAGGUCUCGGCUCGCAUCUUCCGUGCAAGGUACCCUCAGUUUGAAGUAGUGAGCCUCACAAGGGCAGAGCUUUGGAGGCAGGUGAACGUUAGCCAGACGUGCAUUUCUCCAGAUGAGCUGCGACCCAUUGCUAAGGAGGACAAUGAAGAAACAGUCGAGCUGGUGCGCUGUGUACCAGAGCUACAGGGACUGCUAGGUUCAUCCAUUCAGCUGCUCCAAGAGGAUGACAAUGAUGAUGAGAGUUCAGAGGUCAGAGGUAGCCUCUGCAACCGAUAGCGAUGUCCUGUGUUGUGUGAGUAGCUGUACACAGGCAUUUGCACCUCCUUAUUUACUGGUAGAUGCACUGCUACUAAAACCAGCACUUUGUAUGUACUCUAUCCGCCAAAAAUGGCUCAUCAAAAACGGAUGAGAUCCUCACAGAACACACCAUUCUCCCAGACUACCUUCCUUUACAGCAGCAGAAGGGGCCUUGUUAGACUGACUUAUCUUGGAAUCACUCACAGGAGCAGGGAGGACUCUAGCAAAGCGGACAAAGUAAAUUUCUGUUCCUAACCUGUAGGUAUUUUUCACUGUUCAGUAACUUCUCUCAAAUCUUUUUAUAUGUAUAAACCUAUAAGUAUAUGUAAAUAUAUAUGUAUAUAUUGACAUCAGGGUGAGCCCAGUUUGGUUGUAAUUUAUCAAUGAUAUGUUUUAAUGUUUGUUUAUUCCUGGGGUUAUGUGAAUAGUUUUGAAAAGGUGCCCAAGGCAUUUUUCUUUUUGUUUUAUCUUGGUGAACUAAGAGGUUUAUGGCCAGCUCAUUGUGGCAGGAAGGACUCUGGGACAGAUGGUUCCUCUGUAAACCAGUGAGUCUCUCUUGCUCUCUGUUUCUGUUUCUCUCUGUGAGGACCCCUAACCGAGAACAUAUGUCGAUCAGUCCUGCCCUCCUUUACCUCACUGUACUUCGGCUCACGUUGCCACCACAGCUCUGCUUCCAACACCUCAACUAGAUGCAUUAAUCUUGGUUGGUUUCUUUGCAGUGUAGCAGGCAAAGUAUUGUUCUUUCAUAUUUAUAAACCCAGUUAAUUCUAAUUUUCAAGGCAAGAUAUAGACUUAUCCAUGAAUGAGUUUUAUUUUAUGUUUACAAAACCUAAAGAGAUUGUUGGAUAUCAAGGUAUGAAGGCCCUUGUGUAAGCAAGAUGAAAAAGCAAACCUGUGGAAUGCUUUUUUUAUUUUGAGAUAUUUCUAGGGACUUUGUUUUGGAUGUUGGUCACAGUUCAAGGUCAUGAGGAGAGGAGGCCUCUCUUACUUAGCUUGUUUUCCCCAGUGUACCUGGUUCCAGCGAGCAUUGUGGUGCAUGGUGUGUUUUAUUUACAUGGUUUGACUGUUUGUGUUUAAUUUAAUAGUCAUUAAUAUAUUUGGCUUUUUGUGUAUCAGACAAAUGAUAUAUGAAAGUUGCUUUGUAUGGUUGGUGCUUUAUUUGAAAUGUACAAUUAAUGAUCCCUUUACCCUACGGAUGUUGUGUUCUCCUUCACUCCAAACAGUGUUUUAACAAGCAAAAGUACAGUUUUAUUGUACUGGUGCUAAAAUAGAUUUUGUGUUGACAAUCAUUGACCUUUUUUUGAACUGAAACCAAUAAAUACUAUUUAACUGAAGAGUGAGAAAUGUAAAGAGAGAGUUUAGUUUCAUUACCAAUGGAGGUCCACCAAGCCGAGAGAGAGUACUUGAUUUUGAAGGUUUAUUGUCUGUGUGAUGCGCAAAGGGGAUGUGUUGAUCUGAUUCCUUUUUAAAAGAAAUUGACCAGAAUAAAGCAUGAUUGUCAAGUUUUGCUUGUAAUGUUCAGUGCAAUUUACCAGUAUUGCUCAAUUCUGAGGUCUUAUGGUUGUACAUAAAAGAAUCUCUCCGUGAGCUAAGGUUUAUUAUACACACACUGGCCGUGGUUCAUUGCUAAAGGAAGAUUUAGAAAAAUUGCAAGGGUUUCGAGAUACAAACGUUUUGGGGGGGCCUGUGUCCCUGGACACGUAUACUUACAUGCCACUAUAAACAAAAAACAUAUGAUUGAAACAAAAAAAAAAUCAUCUUUGUCACUGAUUAAAGUUUACAUUUGCAGUGCAUUUGAAAAUGAAUUUCAAUAUGGAAAGGAUUCUCUCUACUGAGCAGUAUUAAUUUCAGUCCACAAGACAGCAAUUUUGACUCACAAUGAUGUAUUUUCUUCCUUCGAGUUGAUCAAGUGAUUUAUAGAAAUAGCUGAAAGUGAGCAGUUGACCAAGAUAGAAAGUUAACUUGGUAUAAGUUGAGUCUAUAGGUUGAAUCUCAAAUAUUGUCCUAUUGGAUAGAGCGAAUAUUAGAUCCAGAAGCCAUUAUUUAAUUUCUAAUAUAGUACAACUCUUUCAGGAGCAAAGAGCCACUUGUGAUUCAGUCAUGGACUCAGUUAUUGAGAAACUCCCACUGUGCCUCCAACCCUCUUGCAGCAAAGAGACAGGGCAAAGUUACAAAAGUGGAGAUGUAAGCACAGUCUGAGCACAGAGGUCAGUCACAUUAGGCUGUUCAGAGGGGUGAGAGUUCAUUGCAUGGCUCAUAUCUACAGUAUUCUCCAAAAGCAUUGCCACCUUUCAUAAAAACCAAUUGUAAUUAAACAAUUUCACACAAUAAUUAAAAAUUGCUACACAAACAAUUCAUGAGCCAAAAUAAUUGACACUGCUAAAAUAUUUUAGGCUAUAUUUUUCUAUUAAUGCAAAUGUUACCAUUGUUGAAAACAUAAAAUAUAUUUCAUUUGCCGUCCGUAUUCAAGAAUACUAUUGUUGUGUGUAACCAUGUACUGUAUCCCUGGGGUAUAAAUAUGAAGUUGCACAUGUAAAAUCCAUCUGUCAUUCAUCACUUUGUCAUAAAAGAGGCAGGUGGUUGCUGACCUGCACAGAUCAUAUAUAUAUAUAUAUUACACUGCAUAAAAAUGUAAGCAGUAACGUAAUCCAAGUAUCGCAAUAUGAAAGUAAUGUAAUCUGAAUAUUUUUGUAUUACUUUAAGGUCACAUAUGUAAAUAAAGUCAAGAGAAAAGCAAUAUGAUAGAAAAUAUAAAUAAUGCUUAUUUUAGCGCUUAUAAACAUAAUAAAACAAACAAAUAAAUAAACGCUAGGGUGAGCAUAUUCUGGUUUUCUAAAAAGAGCACACCUUUUUUUAUGGGGGGUGUCUUAACAUUCAAAACAGUGUUACUAUGAAUGCAGACUUUAAUACACUGAAAAAGACACACUAUUAGCAUCACAUAAAUAAAAUUGGUUUCACUCUGUCCACGUUUUGCAUUUUUUCCUACAUUCUUUUCCAUCCAAUAAAAUAAAAUAUUAGAUGCCAUACCUCCAUCAUUUACACAUUUGAAUGGCCAUGUAAUAUUAAGCUGUGUGAUAACAUGAAAUUAAGAAUGACUUUAUAUGGCCAUGGGCAUUGUUUAGAAUCAGGACAGCUUUGUUUGCUGCUAUUAUCCAGCGCAUUCGGUGAGAGUAGGCUCAUGGUUGAGAGGCAGGAAUUUGGCCAAUAGUUGCUGCAAGCUUUUUAUACUCGACCAAUUGGUGUGCGAGAAGGCGGGAAUUAAAGAGAGGGGUUAAAGCAAUGCAAAUAUGCGCACACAUGAUGCAGUAUUAGACCAUAAACACAUCGUAAUGAAACGAAAGCCGAAUCCCAGAAAUUCUUUCAAAUUUAGAAAAUCCCGAUCAGAUGCUUUUUUAAGGUCUGAAAAAGAGGAUGUAUGGUCACCCUAACAAAACCAUUUUAGAGAACAAUUUGUGUUAAUUUCUACCAAAUUAACUUUGCACAAAAUGUAUUUGCGUAUACACCAGGAGGUUGCUCAUGUGAGCCACGACUGGCAAGAGAGAACCAGAAAUAUAAAAUUAGGCAGCUGUCUAUACAUUAUGUCAAAAGAUUAAUUUAUUUGGUUUUAAAUGAAGAUAAUUGUAAUUCUGAUAGUAUUCUUAUUUUUAGAAAAUGUCCCUGUAAUCUGAUUUAGUUUUUUGACGUAACUGUAAUGGAUUACAGUUACCAGUUUUUUGUAUCCUGAUUAUGUAACUGUAAUGGAUUACAGUUACCAGUUUUUUAUAUCCUGAUUAUGUGUAUUCCAUUACUCCCCAAGCCUGUGUGUGUUUGUGCGUGCGUGUGUGCACAGUGGGGGAAAUAAGUAUUGAACGUAUCAACAUUUUUUUCAGUAAAUAUAUUUCCAAUGAGGCUAUUCACAUGAAAUUUACACCAGCCAUGACAGAACGCCAAGACGUACAACACUCCUUACCUAAAAGCACAAGAAAAAUCUUAGAAAUAACCCACAUGAAGUUUUGGGAUUCUGUGCUGUGGAGUGAUGAAACAAAACUGGAACUUUUCGGCAUGAUGGAUCAGCGGUAUGUCUGGAGGAAGAAGAAUGAAGAAAGAACACGCUGUCCACAGUCAAGCAUGGUGAAGGUUCGGUGAUGCUCUGGGGCUUCUUUGCAUCCUCUGGCACUGGAAACCUGCAGCGUGUGGAAGGCAAGAUGGAUUCAUUGAAGUAUCAGGAAAUCCUAGGAGAAAACAUCAUGCCGUCUGUGAGGAAGCUGAAGCUUGGGCGUCAUUGGACCUUCCAAUAGGACAAUGAUGCCAAGCAUACCUCAAAUUCCACCAAGGCUUGGUUGCAGAAUAAGUCCUGGAAGAUUCUACAGGGGCAUCACAGUCACCUCACUUGAACCCCAUAGAAAAUCUCUGGUGGGAUUUGAAGAAGGCGGUUGCAGCACGCAAACCCAACAAUAUUACUGAACUGGAGGCCAUUGCUCAUUGGGAAUAGGCUGAGAUUCCUCAGGAACACUGCCAGAAGCUGGUGUCUGGCUAGAAAUCUCAUUUGCAGCAGGUCAUAACAGCAAAAGGGUGCUUUACUACGUACUAAAAAUGCUUGCCAUGAAAGGGUUGAAUAAUUUUGAAACUGGAGAAGUCAUGACCUAUUUUAAAAUUUCUGGCAGAGGCAGUCAGGUUUUCACUUAAUAUCUGUUAAUAUUUGGCAGAUACAUGGCAUCAUGGACUCUAACAAAAUGUCCAGGUCCUCUGGCAGAAAAACAGCACCAUAUUUAACCGUGGGCAUGAGGUGCUUUUCCAUAUGGCUACGUCUCUGUGUGCGCCAAAGCCACUUCUGGUGUUUAUUACCAAAAAGCUCUAUAUUGGUUUCAUCUGACCAUUGAACCCAAUCCCAUUUGAAGUUCCAGUAGUGUCUGGCAAA